CCGUCUUGUUCGUAGACCAGCUGCAGUAGUCCAUAGCAAGAUAUUUUACAGAUCUGCCGGCCGAGAUCGAUGGAGAGGAAGAGAGUGGCCAUCGUCGGCGCCGGCGUGAGCGGCCUGGCGGCGUGCAAGCAAUUGCUUGAGCGCGGGUGCCGGCCGGUCGUCUUCGAGGCCGACACCGUCCUCGGCGGCGUGUGGGCGCACACGCCGGAGUGCACCACGCUGCAGACGGCGCGGCCCAUGUACCAGUACUCCGACUUCCCGUGGCCCGACUCCGUGACGGAGAUGUUCCCGGACCACCGCCAGGUCAUGGACUACCUCGGCGGCUACGCGCGCCAUUUCGGCGUGCUCGACUGCGUCAAGUUUGGUCACCGGGUGCUCGGGAUGGAGUACGUCGGCGUCAGCGAGAAGAAGGUGGCGGCGUCGGAGGAGUGGGGCGGGACCGGCGGGGCCUUCGGCUCUGGCGAUGGCGAGUGGCGACUCGAGGUGGCCAACGCUGAUGGAGAUGUCCAGGCAGAUAUUGUAGAUUUUGUGGUUCUUUGCAUUGGGAGGUUUAGUGGUUUGCCCAACAUACCAAGUUUCCCUUCAGGAAAAGGUCCGGAAGCAUUUGAUGGCCAGGUGAUGCACUCUAUGGACUACUCCCAAAUGGGCAGCGAGAAAGCUAAAGAUAUGAUGGAGGGCAAACGUGUUACCAUAGUUGGAUACCUAAAAUCAGCACUUGACAUUGCUGCCGAAUGUGCAGCAGUGAAUGGUACUGAGCAACCAUGCACAAUGAUAGUCCGAACAAAGCAUUGGAACAUACCAGACUACUACGCUUGGGGUGUCCACAUAUCAAAGCUGUAUCUAAAUCGCUUUGCUGAGCUCCUUAUUCACAAGCCCGGUGAAGGCUUCCUCCUGAGCCUCUUGGCAACCACCUUAACUCCGUUGAGGUGGAUAUUUACAAAAUUCGCUGAGAGCUACUACUCCAUUCCAAUGAAGAAGUACGGCAUGGUGCCUGACCAUAGCCUUUUUGAGGCACUGGUGGCAUGCUUGGUUGCCAUUGCGCCCAAGGAUCACUACAAGAGACUAGAUGAAGGUAGCAUUGUUCUGAAGCAAUCAAAGACCUUUACCUUUUGCAAGGAAGGUGUGCUUCUUGAAGGUGAAUCUUCACCAACAAGAAGCGACAUUGUGAUCUAUGGAACUGGAUACAAGGGUGAUGAGAAGAUCAAUAAUAUGUUCAAAUCAGAAUACUUUCGGAGUAUUGCAGUUGGGUCAACAUCCACAACCUUACCUCUCUAUAGGGAGUGCAUACACCCUAUGAUCCCGCAGCUCGCGGUCCUCGGUUAUUCAGAAAGCUUGUCAAAUCUUUACACAACAGAAAUUCGGGCCAAGUGGCUCACACAUUUCAUGGAUGGUGGCUUUAGAUUACCAUCUAUUAAAGCAAUGCAAAAGGAUGUUCUGGUGUGGGAAAAGUUCAUGAAGCGCUAUUCUCGCGGUUACUUCCGAAGGUCAUGCAUUAGCAUCCUUAACAUCUGGUACAACGAUCAACUAUGCAAGGACAUGGGAUGCAACCCAAGAAGGAAGAAUGGCUUCUUCGCAGAGUUGUUCGAGGUUUAUGGUCCCGGUGAUUAUGCCAAUCUCCACCCUGAAUAAACCUAUCUGCCUUAUGCACAUCAUGUAUCCGCUUGUUUCGGUUCUUGCACGGUUUCUUGGUAAACCAUUGGGUGCAACUUGUGAGCAACAACUCGUACAAUAUGAAAGUCUUAUCCAUGUUAAUUUCA